GAGAAACAAAAAAAAAAAGAAAAAAGAAAAAAAGAAAGAAAACAGAUAGAAACAAAGAAAGGGGGGUGUUUGAGAAGAGGAGGGUUAAACAGAGGACGACAACGAUGACGAUAAUGGCGAAGAAGAGGAAGAAAAAGGGUCGUCCUUCUCUUUUGGAUCUCCAAAAACGCUCUCUCAAACAACAGCAACAAUUGCAGAAGCACAAUCAAAACCCUAAUUCUCCCAAUUUCGCAUCGAACCCUACCCGAGGAUCCGACGCGCCGCCGGAGUUGAUUACUGCCGACGACUACGACGACGAUGAGCGCAAGGAGAAAAAGCACAAGCUCCUCCUCGGCUUUAAUUCGAAUUCCGAAGGCAUUCACCCACUGACAUUGUUCUCAUUUGAUUCGAACGCGGAUGGCGGCGGCGAUGAUCCUGAUGAUCCCGAUCGCAAGAGGCGCAAGAUUGGCGCCGCCGUCGCUCAUCAUGGAUCUAAUCAGAUGGGGGAAAAGGUUUUGAAAGCGACAGACAAUAGUAGUAGUGUACAUGGGUUGCAGGUGGACACCGGUCCCACGACACCUUUGCCAGACAAAAAGUUGUUGGUGUUCAUCCUUGACAGGCUUCAAAAAAAGGACACUUAUGGGGUUUUCUCCGAGCCUGUAGAUCCAGAAGAGCUUCCUGAUUAUCAUGAAAUUAUCGAGAACCCAAUGGACUUUGGAACUUUGAGGAAGAAACUCGAUUCUGGAGCUUAUACUAAUUUGGAACAGUUCGAGAAAGACGUUUUCCUGAUAUGUUCAAAUGCAAUGGAGUAUAAUUCACCAGAUACAACAUACUUCCGACAGGCAAGGUCUAUGCAUGAGCUUGCAAAAAAGGACUUUGAGAAUUUGAGGCAAGACAGUGACGAUGAUGAUGAACCUCAGCCAAAACUUGCAAGGAGAGGCAGACCACCGGGGAAGAAGGUUACAAAGCCGAUAGAAAGUUCGCCAGUUGACUGUAUUCGUCCUGAAUCAUUUGCAGAUGCAACUCUUGCUUCAGGAGGGGGGAACGCCAAUGGGUCCAACAGUUAUAAUUUAAGAAAAGCCCGGAACACUAACAUGUGGCGACCUGCUGAUGCAGUAAAUGGAUUCUUUAAUAAGUCUCUGAGUGCUGAGACUUGUACUAGCUGGUUGCCAGAAUGGGAAAACGAAUUUCCUGCUUCAGUGCUGAGAAGUGUGUUGAAGUAUGGAAAGAAGCAAUUUCCUGUUUAUGAGAAUAAGCGUGACACAUAUAGGUUUCCUUCGGCUUUUCGAUAUGAACCAUCAACCUUGGCUACCUUUGAAGGGGAACGGAAACAGUUAGUGGAGGUAUAUGAUUCUUGCUUAGAUCAUAGUUAUGCAAGAAGUGUGGCUCGGUUUGCGGCGGGCCUUGGGCCUGUUGUUUGGAAGACUGCUUUGAAGAAAAUUGAAAGUAUUUUGCCUAUUGAACUCAAGUUUGGUCCUGGAUGGACAGGAGAACAUGAAGCUUCAAAGAAUGAGAAAUCGAAUGUUUGUGAGGAAGUUAUGCCCAACACUGCAGCUAAUGAUCUUACAAGCAGCAGGCUUCUACCCCAAAGUAUUUCUGGCUCAAAAUUGGUUGGUGCAGAUAAAUUCUUUCUGCAAGGUAGAGAAGACACGGAAACAAUUAGACAUUUAAGUACCCAAAAUGAGUCGGCUUCACUCAACAGUAACCUUGGCGGUACGAGGAUUGUUACUCCUUUCCAAUUUCAGCAGAAUUCUGUUGUUCAACCUUGCAUCAGUGGUCCAAAUAGUGGCCCUGACUCGUAUAUUCUACCACAAAUGGGGUUUUCACUGCCCACCACGUUGCUGGGCAAGUCAAGUCAAGCCGAGCCUUCAGUGUCUUCUCAAAUGCUUGGCAUGGCUUCAACUAGCAACACCAUCAUGGCUCCAUUACGCACAAAUGAUAUGGAUUCAAGUGAACCAAAUUUGUUAAUAACUGCAAGUAGAUCAGACUAUGGGAAUUUCUUGCCCCAAGGAUCGUAUGGCCUUGGAUCGUCUAGAGCACCGCCAUCGGGGUUUGUUGGUGAAGCGUCCUUCCAGGGAUGGGCAAUGCACCAUCAACAGGACACUCAUCAUCCAUUUCCCUCUGACCUGAACAAGAGGUUUAGAGCACCGGGUUCACCAAGUUCUCUUGUGCCGCCAGAUUUGGCUUUGCAGCUUAGGAUGGGCCUGUAGUAACUUACUUUGCUCGGUCAAGGUGUUGAGCUUCUUGAUAUAGAAGAGAUAACUCUAGUUUCAUUUUUCUUUCUUUGUUCUAAAAAAGGAAUUUACUUCUAACGAUGGUGACUCGCCUAACUUAUAAAUAUGGCCAAAUUUAAUUUUCAAAAGAAAUAGUAAAUUACUUUCUUACAAUUUGAAGUGUCGUCGGCUUUGGGUUUUGUACAGAUU